AUGGGGGAUUUGAUCUUGGAUCCCUACAUGGAGGACGCGAUCAUGGAUCAUCCCUGCCUCGCCGAACUUCUUGCUGAUCAAACAUCGCUCCCAAUGUUCCAUCCUUUCUCCGGCGGCGGCACUCCGCAGAUGGUGGAUACCGACACCUUCCUCCGCGCCAUCGGCGCACUGCCUCCGCUUGCACCGCCACCGGCAGCUCCGCUCGCACCGGCGCCGCCACCGGACUCCCCCCGUACCCCUCACACCUACGGCAGCUUCCUCCCAAUCUACGGUGAUCUUCCACCGCUCUCCGUCACCGUCGUCCAGGAGACCUUGCCGCUGCCAGAAGGCGGCGAUCACCCGGUGCCACCCAAGAAGACGAUCGAUGUCGCACCACUGCUGCCAGAGCACGCUGAUCAGCCGGUGGUCACCAACAACUCAGCGACGACACGACCGCAGCUGUGCGCGCCCUACGACGACGACAUCGAGGCCACCCUCCGUGCCAUGGAGACGAACCCCGCGGAGAGGCCCUCCCCGUACUUCUUGGAGACGACACAAGGUGGGCGGAUGACCGCACUGGUGCGCGCCUCGAUGAUCGCCUUCAUGGACGAGUUCAGCCGGUUCUACGAGCUCGCCGAUGGCACGCUCCAGCGCGCCGCCUACUUCCUGGACCGCUACCUGUCGGUGACACCCGAGUCGGACGACGUGCUGCAGCUCCGCCUCGUCGGGGCCACGGCCGUGUUCCUCGCCGCCAAGUACGAGGACCAGUACACCCUGAGGAAGAUCGACGCCAGCAUGGUCGCCGCCCGGUGCGGCUACACUAGCGAGACCAGGCACAAGAUGGUGUCGUGCAUGGAGACCGAGAUCCUCGCCGCGCUCGACUACAACCUAAGCGGCCCGACGGCGUCCACGUUCGUGCAGCACUUCACGAGGUACUACGGCGACGGAAAAGAAGAGGAGCUGUUGAAGGAGGCGGCGCAUCGGUUCACCGACGGGUCGCUGCUGACGUACGGGUUCCACCGCUACCUGCCGUCCGUGGUGGCGGCGUCGGCGAUCUUCCUGGCGAGGCUGCACGUGCUGGGGCAUGAGCCGUGGAGCAGGGAUCUCGCCGAGCUCACCGGGUACGAGGCCAUCGACUUGAUGGGCUGCGUCUGCGACAUGUACAGUCAAAUCGCAUGUCCUCGCUUUGCUCCCUUUCAAGAGUACUUCUUCCAGGAUCCAUAG